GAAAAGUUGAGUUUACAAAGUUUCGGACGCCCGGGAGAGAGUCGCACUGGAGUUAGGAAGGUCGGCCGAGGGAAGCAAAGGAAAGUUAUCUUCGAACUUUUUUUACUGGACGAAGCCAAUGAGAUGUUUUUCUUAACGUUGUUGUGUUAAAAUAUUUUUUUAAUAAUAAUAAGAAGAGCUGGUAUCGGAGGCCUAAACGAUUUGAAACGGGCCUCGCUGUAAAAGUUUUAGUCUGUUUCUGUAAAGAGCAAACCGUUAUUUCAUUGUUAAUUAGUUUAGUUACCGAACUAAAAUGAGCACCAACCCAGUUCAGCCUCUACCGGGCCAGCAAGUCAUCCAUGUCGCCAAGGACCCCGACACGGACCUCGAGGCGCUCUUUAACGCCGUGUUGAACCCGCGGCCGAGCUCCUGGAGGAAGAAACACCUGCCCGAGUCGUUCUUCAAGGAGCCCGACUCCGGGUCGCACUCGCGCCAGUCCAGCACGGACUCGGGCAGCCAGCAGCCCCCGAGACUCCCGCCUCAGCACGUGCGCUCUCAUUCUUCCCCCGCGUCACUGCAGCUCAGACCCGGAGCGCUCGCGGCCGCCUCCGCCGCCGUCACCGCGAACCCCGUGCAGCACGCGCACAGCCGACACCAGUCCUUCGAUGUCACCGACGAGCUGCCCCUGCCGCCCGGAUGGGAGAUGGCGUACACGUCCACUGGCCAGAAGUACUUUCUCAAUCAUGUUGAGAAGAUCACUACAUGGCAAGAUCCUCGCAAGACCAUGGCAGCCAGCAUGAAUCAGAUGAGUCUCCAUGCGCAGGGCACCAGCAAUAAUGGUGGUGUACAGGGGCGCUCCAUGACCCUGUCACAGCCAAACCUCGUGAUGACACAGCAUCAUCAGCAGCAUCUCCAGCAUGCCCAGCACCAGCAGCAACAGCAACAGGUACAGGCUCAGUCGCAGGCCUUGGGCUCCAGUGGCUCCAUGCCCCAGCAGCAGAGCCCUCAGUCUGGUAUGAUGGGAAUGGGCAACCCACUGAGUGCCCAGCAACAGCAUCAGCAGAAGCUGCGACUGCAGCGCAUUCAGUUUGAGAAGGAGCGCAUUCAGAGGAGGCAUGAGGAGCUGAGGAGACAGGUGGCGCUCUGCAGACAGAUCCCUAUGGAAUCGGACAACAUGGCACCCGUAGCUCCUUCCAUCAAUCCAGCUGCCAUGAAUCAAGGCACUAUUCCGACCAGUGGCUCAGACCCCUUUCUGAACAGUGGGCCGUACCAUUCACGUGAGCAGAGCACGGACAGCGGCCUGGGCCUGGGCUGCUACAGCAUCCCUACCACUCCUGAGGACUUUCUUGGCAACAUGGAGGAGAUGGAUACGGCUGAGAACAUGGUGCCACUGAACAUGAAUGUGCCACAGCAGAGCCGUUUCCCCGACUUCCUAGACUCCAUGCCUGGCACUAACGUCGACCUGGGCACCCUGGACGGCACAGACCUCAUGCCCAUCCUCAACGACGUGGAGUCUGUCCUGAACAAGAAUGAGCCUUUUCUCACCUGGCUCUAAAAUGGUGCUGAAACUCCAAGGGAAAGGCUAAAGACUUUUAGCAGCAGUGCUACCUUUCUGAAUUUUAACUCAAUCAGUCUCUCCGCUCUCUUGUUUUUUAUGUGCCUAUAUUGCUCCUUUUUUUUUUUUUUUUUAAAGAAAACAAUUAUCCUGGUUACUGUAACUUUUCUGAGUGAAGAGCACAAUAGAAACCAAAGUGUUUAGCCUAAGAGCAAAGAACAAGCAUACGUCAAUCAAAUUUGUUCAGGUGUGGUGGAAAAGUCUGAUAUUUUUUGUAUAUAAUGUAGGAUAGAGUAGGUUUUUAGUGUCACUGAGUGUAGCUUGAUCAAAAUUGUCAUUCCUCUGGUUUUGGGCAGGGCUAAACAGUUGCUGUCCAUGAAUAAGUGUUGAUAUAGGGACUCUUGGUAGGCACCAGCAGAUGGAGCCACUGCUUCCACUGUGAACUGGAGACCAUGUUGGCUUCAAUGAUGAACACAAAUUUUAGCCAGUUCAGCAUUAUCUGCACUAAGGGGAGCCUUACUGAUCAAUUAACAUUCAAGUGGCCUUGCGAACAAACUUUCCUUUUUUUUUCUUUUCUCUUUUUUUUUUUUACACAGAUACCAAAUACGUUUCCUACUGUAAUCAGCACAAAAGCUUUGUCAUAACUUGAUUUGCAGUUUAGUGUCUAAAGAAACAAUAUUUCAUUCACAUUUAGAGGUUUAUAUUCAAGCUGAUCCCAGUUUAGCUAUUAAAUCAAGUAAGCUCAUGCCUCUGAAAUACAGCAGUUUGCAUCUGUAGACCUACAUUUUAUACCAUGUACGUUUUGUGUACUGCUUCAGUAUUCCUUUAGUUUUUUUUUCUUUUCUUUUUUUUUUAACUGUUAAAUACUCUAGAUGUGUCCCUUGACAUCUGGUGCAUUUUAUGAGUUUUGAUAUAGAGUUUGCCUUUUUAGUAUUUAUCAAGAGCUAUGAUUUUUUUAAGAAAAAAAGAUAAGAGUUUUAGAUUUUUUUUUAUAAAAUUGAAAUUUCAAAGCACUACAAAUCAGCACGGGGUUGAGUUGGAUAUUAUAAGUAAAUGUUGAAGUUUCAUGUGACGGUUCCUGCUCUGUGUUUCUUCAGUGUACUGUGAUGUUCUUAAAUCCGUUUAAUUCGCAGCAGACUACGUGUUGGACUUUGUGUUGCACAGUAGGACUGCCUAUAACUCAGUGGUGAACAGGUUUCCUUAAUAAUCUGCAGGGAAUAUGCAAAACAAGAGUAUUUUCUAGCAAUCAGAAAUGAUCGAAUAACGAACACUCGGAACUGGAUGAGCGUGGGAGGUCACAUGAUCUUGCUUUAUUUCUUUAGCUAAGCUGAAAUCCAGUGACCUUUUUAUGUCUGUAUUGUUUUUUUCAUUGGAUGUUAAAUCCAACUUGUUAGCUAUUCCUAGCAUUGGUGGUGUAUAAAGCCACCUUAUAUUGACUACGCAGCAUAUCGUUAUUUUGUAUACAGGCAACAGUUCAGGGGCGAUGGAUGGAUGGAUGGGUAAACUAAGGGUUUUUGUCUAUGGGUAGGUUGGGGGAGCAGUGGUAGUAAUACAUUAAUCAUUAAUUCUGGGUCAAACUGAACUCAUGACAUCCUUUCGCUAGGAUUGAUUGGUUAAGUACUGAAUCUUUCGAGCAAGUACAUGCUGCAACCCAGCUGACCACUUUUUAAAUGUGUAAGAUGGAAAAGAUUUAUUUCUGUCGCUCCACUGAGAGGAAAGGCCCUGUGGUUAAAGCCAGUCAUAACAGUGAGUGGUUCCUGAGUGGCUUCCUGUUAUUUUGUUCUAUACAUAAAGUGAUUAUUCCAGGGCUAAGAGCAUGGUGCAGGUUAUUGUUAAUAAGCACAGUGUUUGCACCCGAUCAUCUAUGCAUGUUAGAGCAAUACAUUUACACAAAGCAAUAUGUUGGAUGGAAAGAAGGUGUUUUAUUAGUAUAUUGAGUGGUGUAAAAAGAAAAGUGAUUUUCUGUAGCAUUAUCUAAAAGCAUGGUUGUGUAGCACACAAACACACACACGCACACACACACAUAUACACACACACAGUACCUAGCCACAGUAACACGGGCAGGUUGUGUUUGUAAGAUUCCAGGGAUGUUGCAGAAAGGCUUGGAAAACACACAUACACACACUGAACCGAUGACCGCUUACUGUAUUUGUUGGAUAUACAGAGGUGAUUUUAAGAACUAUAACCUCACAACGAAAUCUCUGAAACUGAAGUGUAACUUGUUGAGCAACCAAAAAAUAAAAAAAAUUGUGUACCACA